AUGAUCUUCCCAAGGCACGGCGGUGAAGACCACGGCGCUGCCAGUCAGGGCGCCAUCACGGGCGCUGCCACCGACAGCAUGGCCGGCAUGAACAUGACCAGCGAUUCCAGCGGUCACUCCUCAUCGCACAGCGACUCCAGCAGCGGCAGCACGAUGAUGAUGAUGUCCGUCUUCCAGAACGACCCCCAGACCCCUCUCUACUCGACGGCAUGGACCCCGAAGAACACCGCAGGAUAUGCCGGCACCAUCAUCUUCCUUAUCCUCCUGGCCAUGACCUUCCGCGGACUGCUUGCCUUGAAGGCCAAGAUGGAAGCGCGUUGGCUCGAUGCCGAGCUCAACCGCCGCUACGUCGUCGUCAACGGAAAGCAACCAAUGGCCGAGCGUGCUAGCCAAGAUUCGCUUGCCAAGCACAUGGUGCUUUCGGAGAAUGGACGCGAGGAACAGGUCAUGGUCGUUGCCAAGAAGACGUCCAUCGCCAGGCCGUGGAGGUUCACGGUCGAUCCGAUUCGUGCAAUCCUGGACACAGUCAUCGCUGGCGUUGGCUACCUCCUCAUGUUGGCUGUCAUGACAAUGAACGUCGGCUACUUCCUGGCAGUCCUCGCUGGCGUCUUCCUUGGCUCGCUGGCCGUCGGCCGCUUCGCCACCAGCUCAGAGCACUGA